AUGCUACACCCUGGCGUGUUCAUUUCCAAGGCCAAGACCGACUCUCUUUGCACGCUCAACAUGGUGCCCGGCAUUUCCGUGUACGGUGAGAAGCGCAUCGAGUUAAGCGCAACGCAGGGCGGUGAUGAUAAAAAGGAGUACCGUCUGUGGAAUCCCUACCGCUCGAAGCUUGCCUCUGCCAUUUACGCUGGUGUAAGUAGCAUUCAUAUGGGUCCCGGCUCAAAGGUGCUGUAUCUCGGUGGGGCGACUGGUACCACAGUCAGCCACGUGAGCGACCUUGUAGGACCCGAGGGCAUGGUGUAUGCGGUGGAGUUCUCGCACCGUGUUGGUCGCGAUUUAGUCGAGAUGUCGAAACGCCGUUCGAAUAUCGUCCCCAUCAUUGAAGACGCCCGCUAUCCCAUGAAGUACCGCAUGCUUGUGCCGAUGGUCGACUGCAUUUUCAUGGAUGUCGCACAGCCGGACCAGGCGCGAAUUCUUGCACUCAAUGCACAGGCUUUUCUGCAGAAUGGUGGUCACUAUGUCAUCUCCAUCAAGGCUAACUGCAUUGACUCUACCCUGGCUGCACCUGUAGUGAUUGCGUCUGAGCUAAACAAACUGAAGAAGGACAAGUUGAAGCCACUGGAGCAGGUUUCUCUUGAGCCGUUUGAGCGCGACCACGCUGUAGUUGUUGGUGUGUACCGCCCCGUCAAGAAGUCGAAGUAG